CUUCUCAUCUGCUUCCGUGAGAGACAACCGGACGACUGUCCAGCUGACGAGUGUAAAGCAGCGAUGAGAAUUGGUUCCCGGCCAGCUACCGAGCACAGAGUGUGGAGGCCGGGCCUCUGCGUAUUCCCUGCCUUCCUGCUCCCAGCAGCACUGCUCCUCUUCCUCAGCCCCAGAGGCAACGCCUCCGCUUCUGCUCCAUUGUCGUUCCCAGAGGUGCGGUUGGUCAAUGGGCACAACCGGUGCCAGGGGCGCGUGGAGAUCCUCUACAAUGGCUCCUGGGGGACGGUGUGUGACGAUGACUGGGACCUAGUGGACGCCAAUGUGGUGUGCCGCCAGCUGGGCUGUGGCCAUGCCCUCGCCAUGCCAGCCACCCUGACCUUUGGCCACGGGCGGGGGCCCAUCUUCCUGGACAACGUGGACUGCCGAGGGAGGGAGGUGGCCCUGAGUGAGUGCGGGAGCCGUGGCUGGGGCAUCCACAACUGUUACCACUAUGAGGAUGUGGCCGUCACGUGUAACGAGCUCUCCCCGACCCGGGCAAGCAAAGGACUGACAAGCAGAACCGCCACAGCCUCCCUGCAGAACGGGAAGAGCGAUGGCAACAUUCGGCUGGUGAGCGGCACCGACCCCUGCCGGGGCAGGGUGGAGAUAUUCUACCAAGGGACCUGGGGCACGGUGUGUGAUGACGACUGGGGCAUGAGCGACGCCAGUGUGGUAUGCAGGCAGGUGGGCUGUGGCCGCGCCGUGGCACACAAGAGCAACGCCUACUUCGGCUACGGCACGGGGCACAUCCUGCUGGACAACGUGAACUGCGAGGGCAGCGAGCCCCGCCUCUCGGCCUGCUACAGCCUGGGCUGGGGGAUCCACAACUGCGGACAUCACGAGGACGCGGGGGUCAUCUGCACAGGGCUGCGGGUUUCAACGGUGGCACCAUUCACCACCUUGGCUGGCGGGGACUACGGAGAGUCAUUCACUGAUACUGCCACAGUCACAGAUGCCAGAGAUCAGCCCUCGCCGGAGACUGAAGUGAUCACAGUGGCCCUUCUGGCUGCAGGCAAGAGCAGUGGCAGCAUCAGGCUGGUGAACGGGAACAACAGCUGCCAGGGCCGGGUGGAGGUUCUGUACCGCGGCACCUGGGGCACGGUGUGUGACGAUGACUGGGGUUUCACCAACGCCCAGGUGGUCUGCCGGCAGAUGGGCUGCGGGGUGGCGGUUGCGGCCACCAUCCUAGGCUAUUUUGGUUACGGCACUGGGCCCGUCCUUCUGGACAAUGUGGAUUGUGCCGGCCGGGAGGCUGACCUGGCGAAUUGCUUUCAUCUGGGCUGGGGGCAGCACAACUGUGGGCACCAUGAGGAUGCCGGCGUCAUCUGCAGAGGUGUGGAUGAGUCCGGAGACCCUUUCAGAGAAGAUAUUUCUGCGACCACCACCUCAGCCACAACUCGUCCCAAGGACGGAUUCCUGCGCCUCGUGAACGGCAGCCAUCGCUGCGAGGGCCGCGUGGAGAUGUUCUACCUGUCCCAGUGGGGGACCGUGUGCGACGACGCCUGGGACCUCCGGGACGUCACGGUGGUGUGCCGGCAGCUGGGCUGCGGGGGCGCCCGGGCAGCCUGGGGGGAGGCGCGCUACGGCCCAGGCACCGGCUACAUCUUCCUUGACAACCUCAAGUGCAAAGGCGACGAGCCCUCCCUGCUGCGCUGCUCCCACAUCCGCUGGAACGUGCACAACUGCGACCACUCGGAAGACGCCGGUGCCCUCUGCGGGCUGCUAUGACCGGCUCUGUGCCCACAGCCGCCUAGAGACGCCUGGACCAAUGCCGGCCCAAACCGUGGGGAAUUCCAGAUGCCAGUGACACCUGGCACAGGGCAGGUGGGCCAGCUGGUGCCCCUAUGGCACUGAAGUCUGUGGGAGAGGAACACCCCUGUGACCUGUACAUCGCUGUAUAUAGCACGUCUGUAACAGGCAUGGAAACCCUAUUCUCGCUGCCAUGCCCAGCAGGCCCCACCCCACCCCAGGGACACUGGCGAGUGCUACUUGGACAAGUGCCAGAGCCUCCUGCCUGGCCCAUUACCCACGAGGCACAGAGCAGAACUCCAGCCGCUCAUGGGCAUCUCUGCAAACUCUCUGGCAAGGGAAGUUUUUGUCCCAAGAAAAACCCCAGAACGGAAGAAAAGCAAGAAGGAACAUCGCUGCCCCGCAGCGUCUCUCUUGGAGAAAUGGCAGAGACACACAGACCCAAGAAGCAGAGCCCAUGGAGAAGGCAGAGAACUCUGGUGCCAACCUAGCAUUGCUCGACUCUAUGGAGAGUCACUAGCCUUGGGAGCUGGAACGGGCUAUUCUUCAGGGUCGCUGGAGCUCAGAUACUAGCUGUGGCCAGCUCUCAUCCAGCCCACGGUGAUAGUAACCAAGGGUCACAUUUUCAUAUGUGCCCGUGUCCCACUUUCCAAAGUGACAUAGAACCAGAUCCUCAGACGUAUUUAGGUGCCUAAAUCCCAUUGGUUUCAAUAGACGUAGGAGUCUAAAUACCAUUGAGAAUCUGGGCCCUAGGGUAUUUAGGCACUUAAAGAUUUAGAUCUCAAUGGUAAUUAUGCAGGCAGGUGCUUUAGAAAAUCCCGCUAACUGCUUCUGCAUCUUAAAAUCUGGCCCGAAAUCCCAUGAAAAGCCAAUGGAGCUAAGAUCCUAAGUCAUUUUUGAAAAGAGGCCGGGCCUUGUAAGUCCUAUAGGAGCCUAAGAAAAUCUCGCCCCACAUCCUGUUGCAAUUGGAUUUAUAGGAGAUGUUUGGCAGCAGGUCUCAGUCCAGGUCCCUGUGGCCAGGUGUUCCCAUCAGAAUGACCCACCACCCUGCCAUGGCCCUCAGAACUGAUCCACGGGCAAAGCUCCUGGUCUGCUCCUCGAAAGGGUGUUUGUGGAACUGCCCCUGGAUGAGCCAUUUGCAGGCCCCUUUGUGCAUUAGAAAUCUAGGCCCUGCUCCAGCAAUCAGAUCCAUUCCGGUUUGCCCCCUGGAAGUAAAUGGGGCUCUGCGUGCCCAGCACAGACCUGAUUCCUGGGGAUUGAUGCAUAAAAACGUGGAGCUGAACUGGUGCGUUUCUUGGGCCCACUUGGAUGGUUCCACCUGGCAGCCAAGACGCCCGUGGUAGCCCCACUUGCUCUUGCGUAUUUCCCAAGGAAGCUCUGUUUGCAUUCUCGGAUCCUGGCGAAGAAGUCUGGAAAUCUGCUGGGCUCCUCAAAGUUUGUCAUUAACCCUUUGUCAUUUCCCCUGCUGGGAGACUGGAGAAAGACUAUUUUUUGGCAGAGGAAAAGGGAGGGACUUGUUUAAUUACGACUGAGGCAAUCCCGGGCCUCUCUGUAUACUUCCUUUGUUAAUAACGGAGCGUGCCUACUCCGG